AUGACGGCAUUGCGGGGCAGACCAAUUGGCCAACUUGGCCGGGUCUUCACAAUCGUUCUAUUCGCCCUCACCCGCGUCUCAUCCGCUUAUGACCUGAUCCUGAUUCCGAAGCAGAGGACACGAUGGAAGAUCUAUCGUGCGAUGAGCCCGGACAGACACAAGGCUUGCUGCCGACCCGCGUACUACUGGUGGGAGGCCGGUGCGCUCAUGGGCACCAUGAUUGACUACUGGUACUACACGGGUGACGACACAUGGAACGAUAAGGUGGUGCAGGCACUCAUGCAUCAGGUCGGAGAGUUCAACGACUACAUGCCCGACAACCAGACACUCACUGAAGGAAACGACGACCAAGGCUUCUGGGGACUCGCCGUCAUGUCCGCCGCCGAACAGCGGUUUCCCGACCCUCCCGAGGACCAGCCUGGCUACCUCGGCCUCGCCCAGGCCGUCUUCAACACCCAGGCCGCGCGCUGGGACCCGGGCCACUGUGGCGGUGGCCUAAGAUGGCAAAUCUUCAACUGGAACAAGGGAUUCGACUACAAAAACACCAUUUCGCAGGGCUGUUUCUUUGCGCUCGCCGCUCGCCUUGCUCUUUACACCGGCAACUCAUCUUAUGCUGAUUGGGCCGAGCGAACGUGGGAUUGGACCAAGGCCGUGGGCUUUAUCGACGACAACUACUCCGUGUUCGACGGUGCUCACAUUCCGACCAAUUGUACCAACAUUGUGCCGUACCAGUGGUCCUACAACGUCGGCGUUUUCAUCAAUGGCGCCUCUGCUAUGUACAACUUCACCGGCUCAGACGAAUGGAAGGAAAGGCUCGACAACGAGAAGGGCGGGCCGAUUGACCAGCGGUCAGGGAGCGAUCUGGACUCGUCGAGGAACAGCGAGGUUCCAACACCCGUGCCCAUGCAGAAGGGCCUGACGAACAGCCGGCGAGCGCUGAACGACGGAGCGAUCGACGACAAGAAUGCCAACGUCAUUCAGCGGGAGAUGAGUGGAGGAAGUGGAAGCGGCGGCAGCGGUUGGGCAACACCAGUGUCAGAAGCCGGCCAGCGGGAUUCAAAUCGGUUGAGCAGGAAGAGUAUGCUCUCAAGCACGAUAAACUAA